GCUUAUUCGAAUUAUUCGAUAUUCGCUUCGAGUGCUUCGACAAUUUAUUUUAACAAUAAUCCAUUAUCGCUUUACUGCUUAAGUUUUAAAUUUAAAUACCUAAUACUCGUUGCUGAAGUCCAUAUUAUGCACUUUUGAGUUUCGUACGAAACUGCAAACAUUUUUGUAUUAUAAUUAUUGACGAUUAAUGAACUCGUAUACCUAAGUCGCGUAACGUGUCUGUAAUAAACGAGUAUUUACUAUACGACGCUAAACUAGAAAAGUUUAUAACGAUGGUUCGAACUGCUAUUUUGUCCAGAUCUAGUUAUCGACUAUGUAAACAAUACGUGGCGGAAAAGGUUGCCUGUGCAAUUAAUAAAAAUUCAACAGAUGUAGUAAAUGAUUUUAUAGCUAAUCUGAAAAUAGGUAAAGGAAAUUCUAUGAAUGAUAUUGGUUUACGUAUGCCUCUUAAUAUUCUUCAAAAACAUUUUGGAACAAAUUCAUUUAAAGAUUUUAAAAUACCGAGUCAUGAAAUAACAACUACUCAAUUAAAUCCUCAACAUGUAAUAAUACAUUUGGAUAAAUAUGAUUUUAUAAAUGAUAUACUUAAAAACAACAUUGGUAAAACUCAUCAACAUUAUAUACAGAAUUCUAAACCGUUCAUCGUUGAAUUUAGUUCUCCAAACAUUGCUAAACCAUUUCAUGUUGGUCAUUUACGUUCAACUAUUAUUGGAAACUUCAUUUCUAACUUAACAAAUUUUAUCAAUGGUCAUGUUGUACGUAUAAACUAUUUGGGUGAUUGGGGACCUCAAUUUGGUUAUACUUUACUAGGAUUAGAACACAUGAAAUCAGAUAUGUCUAAUAACAACAUGACAAUUGAAUCUUUGUACAAUGCAUAUAUACUAGCCAAUAAAAUGGCAAACAGCGACUCAAGCAUUCAUAACAAAGCUAAAUCUAUAUUCAAUGAUUUGGAAUGUGGUAAUUCUACCACAGAUAUCAAAAACCUAUGGAAUGAAUUUAAAUCAAUUACUAUUAAUGAAUUAGAAGUUAUUUAUAAGAGACUGGGAAUAGUAUUUGAUGAGUACGAUUGGGAAUCAAAAUAUUCAAAGGAGAAUAUUCAAGAUGUUCUAAAAAGACUUAAUGAAAUUGGCUUAUUAAAGUUUAAAGAUGAUGGAUCUACUGUUUUGAAUUUUAAUAACCAAGAAAUCACAAUUUUAAAAAAUGAUAGUUCUACAUUAUACCUUACACGAGAUAUUGCUGCUGCACUUAGACGUCACAAAUUGUAUGAUUCUGAAGAUUUAUUUUAUGUUGUUGAUAAUACUCAGAGCAAACAUUUUUACUUGCUGAAAUCCGUGAUUUCACAAAUUAAUUCAAAUAUUAAUAUACAUCACAUUCCAUUUGGAAGGAUACAUGGUAUGAGUUCAAGAAAAGGCCAGGGAAUAUUAUUAGAACAGCUUUUGAAUCAAGCAAAAUCGACUAUGGACUUAAAAAGAAAAUUUUCUAAAACUACCAAAAUAAAUUCAAUGGAUGAUAAUGACAUAGCAGAUGUAUUAGGAGUAUCUGCUAUAAUAAUAAAUGAUCUAAAACAAAAACGAAAAAAAGAUUACAACUUUUCUUGGGAAUCAGCAUUACAGGUAAAUGGAGAUACUGGUAUAAAACUUCAAUAUACCCAUUGCCGUUUAAUAAGUCUAGAAGAAGUUAAUUCCAAUAUAACUAUACCUGAUGAAGUUGUUGCAGAAUGUUUUACAGAAACUGUUGCAUUGGAUUUAAUUUUAGAAAUAUGUCGAUUUGAAGAUAUAUUAACUGAAACUAACCAGGAAUUAGAAGCAUGUAUUUUAGUUAACUAUUUAUUUCGAUUAUCCAAUUGUAUCAACAAAGCCUUAAAAGUUUUAAAUGUUAAAAAUUCUAGCAGUAUUAUUGCUCAGCAAAGGAUUUUGUUGUUUCGCAGAGCUAGAGAAACUCUUAGUACUGGAAUGAAAAUUUUAGGAUUAGUACCAUUAAAAUGUAUGUGAUUUAAAACUUCAUUAAUGUAAUUUUUUUUCUCCUGUACAAAUAUGAAAAAUAAAAAUAAAUAGUUUUUUAA